GUGAUCAUUCGGCUUCGUUGCACUUAAUACACAAAACGCAAUCGCGUAUAGACGUGCGCGGGCCUCGGUCUACGUACAGAAAUAACUCUCUCCUCGUUGAGAACCGAUCGACGACAGACCUCUUCCGGUUACGCACUUUAUGACCAGGGUUCUACGGACGCUUUAUGGACGCUUAGGAUUAACCAUCCGUUCGGUGUGUAAGAUCUGCGGGAAACGGACGGAGGAAGGGUUCCCUCCGGUUUAACUUGUACCUAUCGAAGAGCGUAUCGGAGCGACUUUGGAACCAGGAAGAUGAGGCAUUUGAUAUUGCUAGCUGUUCUGAGCGCCGUAGCGGUCUGCCAUCAGCCGUUCCAGGUGAUCUUCGAGUGGAAAACGAUCGACUUCGAGUGGCCGUCGGACGAGCAACGGCAAUAUGCCCUUUUGCGCGGCGACUACGUACCGGCGAACAACUUCCCGAGCACCGUGAAGUUCUGGAAGGACAAGAUGUACAUAACGCUACCGCGGUGGAAGGACGGCGUGCCGGUGACGCUGGCCGUCACGUCGGCGAAGCCGAUAAACAGCACGACUGCGCCCAAGUUGGAGGCUUUCCCCAGCUGGGGCAAGCAGAAGCUGGGUGACUGCUCGGCGUUCCAACUGGUCCACAGCAUAGAGAUUGAUCCUAAGGGUCGCAUGUGGGUGCUCGACACUGGCCGAACCUUGUCUCUCCGGGAGCCGAAAGCCAACUGCCCGCCGCGCCUCGUCAUCCUCGACCUCGAGAAUAACGGCGAGGUCCUACGCACCUACGAGUUCCCCGAGGACGUGGCUCGCCGUGGCGAUACGUACCUCAACGACAUCGUCCUCGAUCACGAGGACGGCGUGAUGGCGUACAUCACCGACAACGGCAGCCAGGAUCCCGGUAUUAUCGUGUACUCCCUGCGCAAGAACACCUCCUGGAAGGUCCGACACGACUCCAUGAGAGCGAAACCCGAGGCGGUCGGGUUCAAAGUGGCGAACACGAACGUUAUCAACCCGGUGCACGUGGAUGGUAUAGCGCUCUCGCCGGCGAGCGUCCGCGACAGGCAAGUCUACUACUCGCCCCUGUCCUCCUUCCACUUGUACUCCGUCCCAACGUCCGCCCUGAAGAACAACGUCACGAACAUCCAGCAGUACGUGAAGGAGCUCGGGCGGAAGUCCUCGCAGACGGACGGCAUGGCAAUGUCGGCCACCGGCGUGCUCUACUUCGGCCUGCUGGCUGACGAUGCCAUCGCGAUGUGGGAUACGAAGAACUCGCCGUCCUUCACCACCGGCCAGAGGGUUAUAUCGCGCGAUCACGCGCUAACGCAGUGGCCUGACAAUUUCGCCUUCGACGAGGACGGCAAUUUUUGGGGCGUCACCAACAUGCUGCAGAACUUCCUGAACAAUCGCGUCAACAUCAGCGUGUCCAAUUACCGCCUCAUUAAAACGCGCGUAGGCGUCAGGAGUUACCAAUAUUACGAGAACGGCACGGCACCGGAUCUGCCGGAUGUCACCGCCGCUGCCGACUCUAUCAGAUUCGCAUUCACCACGCUGUUGCCCAUUAUUUUGCUGCUGAUCGCGAAGUAAGCCGCUAUCGCCUAGCCGCUUCACCUGCUGGAGGAUCUUGUCUCAAGAGUUAACAUACUUACGUGUCAGAAUCGAAAAAGCGAAUGCACUAGGAGGCGCGCGCGCGUGAAGAAACGACUUAUGACUUCAUCACAGUCUAAUUAGAUUACGUCACGUAAAUGCGCGGCAUUUUUCCACAUAUACACAUACACACGCGUAACAUCACACGUACCUAGAUAGAAAUAAUUAAGAAAACAGCGACAGGUAGCAACGCGUAAUUAAAAGUACUUUGGAAAAUCGUCGGUGAACACAAUGGAAUGUAAUGAUUAGCAUCUUCGUAUAGCUGUACGAAGCUAAAAAAAAGUGUUUACGUUAAAGUAAUAUAGCUGUCGUUAUUUUAAGGUACUCUUCUAAUCAAAUAAUAACCGAUAACAAUUUUCUAAAUUCAGAUCGUAUUAUUAUUGAUUUGCGGCACAAAUUAUACUGAAAAAUUCAGAACAGGAAAAUUCGGUUUGCAUAUCGGAAUUUGCAUAUAAAAGUUCAUCGAUGAUCUUUAUUAUUGCAUAUCUUUAUGACUUGCAGGACUUUGAUUAUUUAUGACUUUGCCCCGUGUGCCCAAAGUGACCAAAGUACACGGCGACCGUCGCGAUCUCGAUCAUGAAAAAGUGCGAAUUUGCAAGUGUAUUAGAAAUUUGCAUUUCAACCGCAGCUGCUAGCUAUUGUUAGCUAUAAAUCACGGCAGAAUCAAUGUAUUCACGAAGGCAGCUAAUCACUAGGACGCAGAUGAAUAUAGGUUUUACACAAGUAUUCGGCGCACUAGAUUUACUCGUAAUAUUAAUAAUAGUGUGUUUUUGUGGUAUCUCUUCAACGAGGCAAAAGCAGUCCAGAAUUCAGCAGACAGUUCUGUUCAAAUCGACUCAUCGUGUUACUUCCGUUACGAUAAAAUAUUUAUUAUUUUAUUUUUAUUAUUGUAAUAUUGUUACCAUAAUAUAUAGUUACGAAAUAAUUGUACCAUAAUGAUGAAUAAUGAAAAUUCAUACCGCAGU